UCCAUGUUGAGAUGUCAGUAGAGUUAUUUCUAGCAUUAAACCAAUAACAAUACAACAAAACGUAGCAAUCAUGAAGUUCGUUAUUGUCGUAGUCCUGCUUGCUUUGGCUUUGGGUGCUAACUCCUCAGUUUUGCCCUGGGGACCAGUUGUUGUGGGUGGUCCUCUUCCUGGUACUGUGGUACUUGGAGCUCAUCCCCCCGCCGCUGUUACAGUAGCUGCCCACCCUCCUCAUGUUGUUGCUGGUCCUGGACCUGUUCAAGUGGUGUCCGGUCCCGUCCCCGCUGUAGUUGCUGCCCCUCAUGUAGUUGCCGCUCCACAUGUUGUUGCCGCUCCUGCUGUAGUUCCAGCUCAUAGUGGCACUUUCGUUGCCAAGACUCGUGGUGCUGUACAUGUUGCCCCAUUGGCUGGUCAUGCCCAAUCGGUGGCCUCAGUUAAUCUGCAACCUGCCCCAGGAACAGUUUAAACUUCCACUUUAGAUAAAUUAUAAGAAAUAGCUGAUUUAGAUUAAUGUUGUUACAGCGAAGUUUGGAAAUCUAUACAUACCACCAAGGACAUCGUACACCAUUAUUAGUUUUAUUAAAGCAACGAAGUUACGACAAAAUUCUUUGUAUUACUACUCCAUUACUCUUCCAUUUCACCUUCCUUACGUAUUUCCAAUAAUAUAUAUCAUUUGAACAUGUUCCCUGAAUACAGUCUGCUAAUUCUUUCUAAGUCACUACUCACUUUUCUAUAUUACACAUUGAUGCGCUAUUCAGGAUCUUAGAAAUAUGUCUGUAAAUAAAUAUAAAAAAAAAACAGAA